AUGAGCGGGACUAUUGAUUACGACAAUCCUGGUACGAAAGUGCUUCGGCCUGCAUUUCUCGCACAUGUUGUUCUACGCACAACAGAUCAUGGAAGCUUUCAGGCUAUGGUUGAUUUUUGGGUGAAAUUUCUCGAUGCACAAGUGACCUACCAAAAUGAAGUCCUUUCAUUUCUCACCUACGACGAAGAACAUCAUCGAAUCGCCAUUGGUAUCUUCCCCGGGACAAUCCAAAGGGUCGGGAAACCAACAGGCUUAGCCCAUAUAGCGUUCACAUACGGUACAAUGCAAGAGCUAGCAUUGUCCUAUCGCCAGCGGAAAGUGUUGGGCAUGAGGCCUUUCUGGUGUGUCAAUCACGGACCGACAACAAGCCUAUACUACCAUGAUCCGGACGGCAAUGAAAUUGAAACACAAGUGGAUAAUUUCGACACCUCAGAAGAAGCUACAGCAUUUUUUGAGAGUGCAGAAUUCAAAGAAAAUCCCAUUGGUGUUGACUUCGAUCCAGAGGAAUUGGUCACCAGGCUCCAGAACGGGGAGAGUGAUAUAUCGAUCAAGAAGAGACCAUGUAUUGGCGCAAGGAAGGGCAUUCCGGGGUGCUAG